AACAUGUCAUAUUCCUAUAGCCAGUGAUUUGUCAUCAACUGAAAAUGUUGAAGGAUUAGAUGACCCUGCAGCAGUGCGUCACGCUGACAGACAAGGAAACCUCACUAUUCCUUCUAGAAUGGUUCAUACCAAUACAGCAAGUGAGUGCCCCAAAGAGAUGAUUGCCUUAAAAAUGGCACAGACAGAGAAAUUACUACCGGGGAAUCAGAACAGUGUGUCAAUGGAUUCAUCUUCUGUAGAUAUGAAACAACUGUCGACCCAUGCAGGCUCAAAGGGCAGGACUCAACAUCGCCAGACAUCUAAACCUAGCAAGAGAGAGAAUAUAUGCAGCAUUGGUAGCUCAUCUAGUGAUGCGCCAACAGCAGUUAAAAAGAGAGUUGUACCUACAUUCCACAGAAAAGCAUCAGGUUUGAAGGAGAAAACAAAGAAUAAACCAGAAAAACUGUCACAGAUGUCCAUAGAACAGGUAAUGGGUACGACUCACAGAGUAAGUGGAGCUCUUGUCCAGGCUGCUAAGACUGUCACAUCCAUGUCACCUUCAGAGCUAGCAAAGUUACAGGAGAUCAUUUCUGAAUCAAGCGAAAUGCUCAUGAUGCUUACGUAUACAGACGGUUCAACACAGCUCAGAGAACCGAAUGAGCCCAGGAAGAGAGCUUCUGCAUCUCUUCAUGAGGAGGGUGUAGCUAACUCUGUAUUAGUUGCCAUCCAGCGCAAGGCUGCUAAGAAGGAAUACAUGUUUGUUUCUUUUCCGCUGGCAGGGCUAGGCAAAGAAAAUGCAUCAGAAGCAACAAGGAAUGUUCUACUUGAGAUUCUGCAGUCCAGCACUAGAAAAGUUUGCUUUGAUGCUCAGGAACUGAUGCAUGCCAUCAUCAUCAACUACAGCCUGGAUCCUCAGUCAGGAUGCAACAAAUGGGUGAUAAUGGACCCUAAGAUUGCUUGCUGGCUCCUGGAUCCAGAUAACCCUCCGGUCACAUUCUCUGGAAUGCUGAAAACAUUCGUAACUGGGAAGUACAAUGAUCAAGCUCCAAACAAUCACUUGACACAUUUGGAAUUACUUGGGCUGGUGAUGGGAGACCUAACAAACAAACUCCAGAGGAAGAAUUUAUGGGAGCUCUUCAUCAACUUGGAAGUCCCCCUCAUACCAAUACUGGCUGGUAUGGAAGUCCAAGGAAUACAAGUCAACCAGAAGAUGCUCAUAUCCUACAGUAAUAUCUUGAAGGAUGAGAUUAAGGAUGUCGAGAAACAAUGCUACAAAGAGGCUGGACAUCCUUUCCAGAUCACCAGUCAUAUCCAGCUCAGACAGGUUCUGUUUGUUGAGCUGAAGCUAGAUGAGCAAUGUCCUGGUCAGAAACUUGCAAGAACCAAUGUCCAGAAUCUCAAGUCGACCUCAGAAACGGUGUUACACAAGCUUAUAGAUCUGCAUCCUUUGCCAGAGCUAGUCCUGACCCACAGACAGCUUGUGAAGCUGAAAUCUACCUACUUAGAUGGGCUGUCUGAUUAUGUAUCUGGAGGCUAUAUACACACCAGUUGGGACCAAACCUCAGCUGCCUCAGGUAGACUCCAGUCAUCAAACCCAAACAUUCAAAACAUUCCCAAGCAGCCUCUGCAACUACACAAAGAUGCAAAUGGGUCAGUGGUCAAUGAGACCACUGCAUCUUCUACCACUCCAGCCACUACGCUGUGGAUGAGAGAACCAUUCUACUCACACGACGGCUGGUCAUUCUUUGCUGCUGAUUUCCAGUCAAUUGAGCUGAGGAUCUUGGCCCACCUCUCUCAGGAUGCUGUGCUCUUGAAGGUAUUCAAUGAUGCUGGCAGUACAGACAUCUUUGUUCAACUCACCUGUGAAUGGCUUGGUUUGAAUUUGGACGAUGUGAAGACAGCAGACAGAGAAAGAACCAAACGAAUAGUGUACUCCGUCAUCUAUGGUGUUGGGGCUGAGCGCUUGGCGGAAACACUUAAUGACACCAAGGAAAAUGCUAAGGCAUUCACCAAAAGUUUCUUGGUGAAGUUCAAGGGAGUGAAUACCUUUGCCCAACGCUGUAUCUCAGAGUGCCAGAGACACGGUCAUGUGAAGACCAUCUUCCAUCGUCAUCGACUCAUCUCAAACAUCAGCUCACAGAACUUCCAUGUCAGGUCUCAUGCAGAAAGACAAGCUGUCAACUUUGUCAUCCAGGGCUCAGCUGCUGAUAUCUGUAAGCUUGCUAUGAUCCACAUCAUGAAAGUGUUGUCAGAGAAGAACACUGUUAGAGCCAGAUUACUUGUGCAGAUCCAUGAUGAACUCCUGUUUGAAGUCCAUGAUGAAGAUAUCAAUGAAGUCAAAGGCAUUUUGAAGACUGUCAUGGAGUCUACUCCAACAUUGGGGGAAUCCAUUUGUCAGCUAAAGGUCCCUCUUCCAGUUUCUCUCAGUUACGGGAAGACAUGGGGUCAUCUCAAACAAAUGGUGUGAUCUGAAUCAGAUUCUUGCUUGCUAACAUCUCCUCAGAAGCUGUCUAGGAAUAAUAUUAUAUGUCUUCCAAUGAUUGUUAAAAUGCUAUUGGUUACAUAUAUGUGACAAAUUCUAAUCCUAUUUAAAAUAAACAGUACCAUAGAUACACAACAAAAUAUCAGGUGAAAAAUACCACUCAAAAUUAAACAGUGUUGGUAACUUUUGGUAUUUAUUCUCCAAAGUGCAUUGCAAAGCACAAUCUGCAAAGAAAUACAAGCGAGGUUUAAUUCUUUUUGACAUUAAGCAAAAGCAUUCAUGGGGCUGUAACUUUCCAAUAUGGAUUUAAAGCAAUUUCUUUAUACAAAUCUGUACCACCUCGUCUUUUAUUCUAAAAUAUUUUUUUUGUAAACCAAAAAGAGAACAGUUUUAAAGUUACUGGAAACUGCUGUACAUACUUCAUGAAACUGUUUCCCUGAUUUUACUUUUAAAAACUUACAAAAUACAAAAGAGAGUAGUUUUAAAGUCACUGGAAACUGCUCUGCAUAUAUGAAUCAUCACACCCAUAAUCUAUGCUUCAUUGAGUUUACUUUCCAAUGGUCAUAAUUUCUUUGCUGUCAACUUUACAACCAAGUUCUUGACUUAAUGUUUACGAAAAUUGACAUCUAAUAGUACAACUGUAGUAUAUAUAUCACAACGGAUGUUAUAGACUCUUUGUAUUAUGGAAUAAUAUAGCUAACCCAAAAAUAUAUACUACAGUAUAUCAGUAGAACUUAAAUGUUAUCUAAAUUCAUUGUUGAAAAUUUGGCAGUAUUUUUUUGUUGAAAGACGAGUUAUUUUGUUGUUUUUGUUGAAAUACCAUUGAAUGUAAUGGUCGCCUGUAAUUUCAUAUCUUACAUUAUUUCAUUAUGAUAGAGAGAGUAAAGUUUCAUGAGGAAAUAUAUACUGGAGAGUGGAGAAUGACUUGAAGUUUGGGUAUAUUAGAAAAAAAUGAAUGUGCAAUUUAUUUCAUUUCAUGCUUUUCAAGGCAUUGAAUGGAAAUGUUUAAUAAAAAUCUGGAUUGUGCAUGAGAAUGAUGAUUUUACAUCCUCUUUAUCUUUCUUCUAUUCCGUGGAUGGUCAAAACAUUGUUUUUAUUAUCAUACUGUUAACUCAAAUAAAUUGGAACAAUGUAUGUUUAUAAGUAUUAUAAUUUAGUAUUAUUGUAAGGUAUAUUGUUAAAAGAGGUAUUUUACAUUUGAAUUUGAGUUUGAAAUUAAUUCAUCUUGAUGGACUUUGAUCUAUUUCUCCAGCUAUCUGCUAUCCAUUCUUGUACUUUUUCUUCUUUGUUUGGUGCUAUAAUGGCAUUUAGUCAACUUUGACUAUUUUGUUGACCAUAACCACUGUUA